AAGUAAAGCGCGCGGCAGACGGUCUUCGCGCGUCGAGCUCACCGGUCGCUCUUUCACGGUCACGCCUCUGUCGUUGUUACUAGUCGACAUUCCGCGGACGAGGAACGAGGAACGGCUUAUAUACGGCAACUCCGAAGAUUCGGAUCGACUUUCGAUCACAUUGAUCGCGCGUUCCCCCGCGACUCGCGCUCGCGUCGUUAAAAUCAGAUCUCGCGUCGUUUCCGAUUCGGCGAUUCUACGAGUUUUUUGUGUUUCAUCACCGCACCGCGGUUUGCGAAACAACCUGAAGUUCGCCGACUUGGAGGAAUUUGGUUCGCGACAGUGUUUUCUUUUGUCUGUGAUGUGCACGAGAGCUACGAGCGGCAGCGGCAGCGGCAUCAGGAUGACGACGUUCACCAUCACCGUCUGGGCCUGUAUCAUCGCCGUGCUGUGUUCAUCGAUUGUUGAAGUAAAAUCGAAUAUGUUCAUAAACACCGAGCCAAAAGGAGAUACGGCUGUACGAGUCGGCGAACCUUUACAAAUUCUCUGCACCGCUCCACAAGAGAUUCGUUUUUGCCGUGUAGAAAUACCUGGCGAGGGUAGCAUGCUGCUAACCCCGGCAGAUACCUCGGAAGACAGAGAUGGCAACAUCGAAUAUUAUGGAAAAGGAUUUAGUAUUGGCGAAUGCGGCGUCCGUAUCGCUAAAGUGAAAGAAAAUCAUCAUGGCAUCUUCAAAUGUUCUUUGACGUCCAAGAAGGAACGGCAAGAAGAAACUGCUUCUCUCAAUAUCAUCGUCGCGAAACCACCCGAAACUGUUGAGAUUUUCACGAAUUCGGGGAGUCUUGGCGGAAACACAUUUAGAAAAGGCGAGAAAUUGGAAAUUAGCUGCAAGGCUAAAUCUGGACGACCAGCAGCGAAUUUGACUCUGUUUCUCGACGAGGAGCCGAUUGGCGAAGAAAGGAUCUCUUACGAUAUGAACAUGAAUGCAGUAGCAAUGCAGAACGCUUCGCGCAGUUUAGAUUGGACAGAUAACGGCAGAAUGAUAAGAUGCAUAGCUAAUCACAUCGCUCUUGAUAGACCCAUAGAACAAACUAAGCCACUCGAAGUAUACUAUCCACCUCAAUCACAGCCGACUGUUGAACGUUUCGGAUACGUAAUUGGCAGACGGGGGAUCAUCAAUGUUACCGUUCAUGCGCAUCCUAGGCCGCGAUUUACAUGGCGAGUGAACAACGAAAGAAUUGAAGAAGGUCGUCCCGACGAGAGUAAUCGACUGGAAACUUCAACCGCCGUCGAUUUGGGGAAUGGAGCAUGGAGUGUAAUUCUGAUGAUCGACAGUGUUCAGAAAUCCGACACGGAAAAGGAGUACAUGUUGAUGGCGACCAACAAUGAGGGAUCGAAUGAAUAUCGUAUCGUUUUGUCGACAUCCUCAGAACCGGCGGGACCGCUCAGUAACCUCUAUGGCGUUGAUUUGGACGCUGGAUCCAUCAUUGGUAUCGUCGUGGGCGUUCUGGUGCUUUUACUCAUUAUUUUCCUCGUAAUCUUUGCACGCGCGACUGGCCGCUGGUGUUUUGCAGGUCGUUCGACUACCAGAAAUCUUGGGGAGUCAGACUUCGCGGAGCCAGCGACGGGCGUUAGUCUUCUUCAGCUCGGCAAAUCGAAAACUACGGCCGAUGUCGUUAGAAAAAGAAGUGACACAGAGAGCGCUGGCAGAUAUUCCCGAUCGGAAGUGGACGGAGCAUCAUCCCGAGGACAACGGAAACCGAGGAUCAAUCUCUCCCGAUUCUUUGGAAGGAACAAAGAUAAAGUGUCCGGCGCCGAUACAGACACCAUGAAAACUGUCGUUACCGUCGACGACGAGAAGCUUCAUACCGUUGAGCCGGCCGUGCAGGAAGGCAGAACGAAUCUUCCGACAGGUGAAGGUGGAAUAGUAUACGCAGAAUUAGAUCUUACGCAACAACAACAAGGUGUCACACCUCGCCGAAUUAAUGAGGACAAAACGGAAUAUGCUGAAAUCUUGUACACGAAACCAGAAACCGAAGAAACAGCGGAUAAAUAAUUGCAUUUCCACAAAAACAAUUAAGACGAUUGUGUGUUUCUCCUUUUACGUUUCAAGACGACUUCAAAUGUUUAAAAAAAAUUGAUGUGUUUUGAUAGAUAAAACGAAAGUAAAAUAGAUAGAUAUUUUGAAAUGCGAGAAAUAUUUCAAGGCUUUUAUUGUUCGUUAUUGAUUUUUUUUUUAUAAUUAUUACGAUCGUUAUUUACGCAUUCACAUAUAUGAAAAUGAACACGGUCGGCGUUUCUCGUUAAUCAAAUCCUCAUUACAUGUCUCCGUACGUGUCUCCGUACGUGUGAUAAUUUAUUGUACGGUAAAUAACUUUAUGAUACCUCAGUGCUUCGAUUUAUUAUUCAACAUUGCGUCUACACAACUGGUCAUUAUCGAAUUCGGGAGCAAGAUCUUUACUAACUGGAACGACCGGAAAUUAUAAUAAUGUUGCUCCGUGCAAUUAUUAUAUACAAAUUUAUAACAUGUCACAAAAAGUUAUAUGCAAAUAUGCAAACGACAUUAUUUAUUACUAUUCUUUCGUAAUUUGCAUUUGUAUUUCCAUUAAUGAAAAUUUCAUGGAAGAUAUGAUCUUAGUCUAAUCAUUU